AGAAGAUCCUCAUCCACACGAAGAAGACACGUUUAAAGGAUAUGCUGCUGGUACUGGUGUCCAUGUCUCCUCUCCAUGCACUGGAUAUUUGAAAGGGCUGCUGUAGCAGUUCUAUUUAGUCAAACAGGGUUUGGAGGUGAAUUUAGGACGCUUCACGUGGCCGGAGGAGAACUCGGGAGCCGAGAUCCCGGGAGAAUUAGCAGGCAUCUGAACAUCCUUACCUUAUGGAGUGAGUAUCCUGUGUGCACCUAAGAUUGCUUGGCCUGUACUUGGCUUUGGGAAGAAAUGGCUGCUCUUGAAUCAGCAUUUGGUGAAGAAGCUAUGGCUGACAUUAAUCCUUACUUGGAUAGAGAGAACUUGGCAGCAACAGAAUGCUCAGAAUUCCAGUUUAAUACCAACUCUUUAACAGGACAAAGUCAGUUAUGCAUCUUGGAGCCUCAUAUUACUGAAAUUAUUGAUAAUGAAGGUUUGGUGACUGAUCCGUUGACAACUGCUGAGAAAGUAGCAUUGGAGGAUUCAGUAAAGACAGAAGCAGUUCGGGAGUAUUCGUGGCAGUCAGACAAAGUUGUGACUAGUCUUUCAGUACCCCACCAGGAUGAGAACCUCUCUGUAAAAGAUGAAGAAGCAAAAAGACAAAGCUCAAAACAAAUUAAUUAUCACAACAAUCAAAACAAAAAUCUGUACUUUUGUGAAAGGCUUAAGAAGGACUUUCAGCAACCAUCUCUAUUUGCCCAACAUAAAAAUAUGUUCUGUGCAAGUAAAGUGCCCAUGCAGAGCAAGCAACAUAAUUGCGAGCAACUGCAAAUAUGCAACCCAUUGGUACCAGACCAGAACAGCCAAACUAAAAAUUGUUUAAUAGGUGAUCAAUGUGGAAAAAAUAACCAAAGUCUAUCUCAUCUUUUCCAAUAUAAAAAUGUGUUUCCAAAUGAAAAGUCAGCUUGGCAGCAUCAAAACUCCCAAUCAGAAGCAAGCAGUCUGAUAUCAGAAGCAUGCUAUCGAAGCACAUUUGUACCUGUUCCUCUUCAAGAAGGGAAUAUAAUAGAAAAUGAUGACGAAGCAGUUGGUCCAAAUCCAAUACAAGUGACAGACCAGAGAACUGAGACUAAAAAUCUGCAUAUUUGUGACCAGUGUGGAAAAGAAUACCAGUGGCUUUCUGAGCUUAUCCAGCAUCAGCUACUAUUUUUUGGAGGAGAAGCAGAUAGAUGCCAGCUUCAUAUGGAAGGUAGAAAUCCAAGUCAUUUGGCACCUGUCCCUAUUCUCUUCCAAGAAAAAAGUAUGUGUGCAACCUCUUGGGAACCUUUUCAACAACAGUCAGGGAAUCAUAACACUCAUGCCAAGAUGCGGUCCUCUCUACUCAAAUGGCAUACACUGCCUAGGGAAGAACCGACUAGACAGACUGAGCCAAAAAUAAAUAAAUCUAGUACCUUGUCAUUUGUCCCCCAUGUGAGAGGAAACGUGUUUGCAGACUCUUGUGAAAUAUCUAAUCUAAACUCAAAAAUCCCCAUAGAACAAAAGAACUAUGAUAAGAAUCUGUACACUUGUAAUUGUGAUAGGAACGAUUUCCAGUGUCAUUGUUUGUUGGCCAAACAGCAUCUACAUGUUCCCAUGGGAGGUGAAGCAGACGCACAGGACCAAUUUAAAAUACAAGCAGGCAAUUUAAGUGAAUUUCAAAUGGAAAGUAAAGUUAUAGAAUCCUCUGAAACAGUUCAACCUCAAUCAAAUCUCAAAACAAACCAAGAUUUCUAUAUUAAGAGUCUGAGAAUAUAUAAGGAAUGUGGGAAGGAUUUCCGAUGGUCCUCUGCCCUGCCUCAACAUCAAGUUGUGCACUCUGGGAAAGUUAAUGGGAAACAAUGCCCAUCAAAGGUAGAUGAUCAAAAUGAUUCAUCACCUGGUCUCAUGGAUUUUGACCAACCUUCCCAUCUGAAGACAAAUCAAUUGACUGAGAAAAACAAACACUAUGCAUGUGGUCACUGUGGUAAAAGCUUCAAGUGGCCUUCUGACCUUGCUCGACAUAAACAUGUUCAUUCUAGAAAAGAAUUAAUGAGAGGCAAGGACACCAAACCCAACAAAUCUUAUACCUGUGAUCAGUGUGGAAAACAUUUCUAUUGGCCUUUCCAUCUUGCCCAACAUAAACACACUCAUUCUAGAAGUAAAUUAAUGAGAGGCACCAAGUUCAAAUCCUGUAUUUGUGGUCACUGUGGAAAGAGUUAUCAUUGGCCUUCUCAACUUGCCCGACAUGUACAGACUCAUUUUAGAACAAAACUAAUAAAAAGCAAGUGCACCAAGCUCAAAAAAUCAUAUAUCUGUGGUCAGUGUGGAAAAAAUUUCCAGUGGCUUGAGCUUGCCCAACAUAAAUGCACUAAUUCUAGAAAAAAAUUAUGGAGGGGCAAGGGCACCAAACUCAACAAAUACUACACACGUAGCCAAUAUGAAAGAAGCUUUCGGUCACUUCCUCAACUUGCCCAACUUGAACACACUCAUUCUAGAAGUAAAUUAGUGAGCAGCAAGUGCGCCAAACUCAACAAAUCCUGUAUUUGUGAUCAAUGUGGAAGAGGCUUCAUGUAUCCUUCUGAUCUUGCCCAACAUGAACGUACUCAUUCUAGAAAAAAAAUACUGAGAGGCAAGUGCACCAAACUCAAGAAAUACUACACAUGUAGUCAACAUAGAAAGAGUUUCCAAGGGCCUUCUCAACUUGCCGAACAUGAACACACUCAUUCCAGAAUUAAAUUAGUGAGAGGUCAGUACACCAAACUCAAAAAAUCCUGUAUCUGUGAUCAGUGUGGAAAAGGCUUCAAAUGGCCUUCUGACCUUGCCCGACAUAAACAGACUCAUUCUAGGAAAAAAAUACUGAGGGACAAGGGCAGCAAACUCCACAAAUACUACACACGUAGUCAAUGUGAAAAGAGCUUCCAGUGGCCGCCUCAAUCAGCCCAACAUGAACACACUCGUUCAAGAAGUAAAUUAGUGAGAGGCAAGUGCAGCAAGCUCAAGCUCAUUAAGUCUUGUGUCUGUGAUCAGUGUGGAAAAGGCUUCAAAUGGCCUUCUGAUCUUGCCCGACAUGAACAGACUCAUUCUAGAAAAAAAAUACUGAGGGACAAAGGCACCAAACUCUACAAAUACUACACACGUAGUCAAUGUGAAAAGAGUUUCCAGUGGCCGCCUCAAUCUGCCCAACAUGAACACACUCGUUCAAGAAGUAAAUUAGUGAGAGGCAAGUGCAGCAAGCUCAUUAAGUCCUUUAUCUGUGAUCAGUGUGGAAAAGGUUUCAAAUGGCCUUCUGACCUUGCCCGACAUGAACGCACUCAUUCUAGAAAAAAAAAAAUACUGAGGCAAAUGCAUCAAACUCAAUAAAUACUACACAUGUAGUCAACGCUGAAAGAGUUUCCAGUAGCGUUCUCAACUUACUAACAUGAACAAAUUCAUUCAAGAUGUAAAUUAGUGAGAGACAAGUGUACCGUGCUCAACAAAUCCUGUAUCUGAUCAGUGUGGGAAAGGGUUCCCAUGGCCUUCCAACCUUGCCUGACAUGAAUGCACUCAGUCUAGAAAAUAAUUACUGAGAGACAAAUACAUCAUUCAACACAACACAUUUUUAAUCAAAGGUUUAUAAUGAAAGUGAAAAAGGUUUCCAGUGGCCCUCUGACCUUGCCUGACAUGAACACACUCAUUUUAGAGAAAUGUCACAGAGAAAUAAAGGCAUGAAGCUUCAAAAGCUGUUUGCAUGUACUGGGUGUGGAAAGAACUUCCAGGGGUUUGUUCAACUUUAGUUCUCCUAGUUCAACUUUAAUGCUCUCAUUCUGGGAAAAUAAUGACUAGAAGCAAAUGCACCAGCUCAGGAAGAUGCACAUCUAUUGUGAAAGUGGAAAAAGCUUUCAGUGUUCAGUUGAACAUCAGUGUGUUCCUUCCAGAAAAAAGAUUAAGGCAGAAAUGUGUCACUCAAGAAAUUACACAGUAUAGUUAACAACUACAUUGGGAAACUCAUGAGGUAGCCUAACCUUGUCUAGCAUAUCCAUGUUUAUUCCAAAAUAAAAUUAAUGAAAAGCAAAUGUACCAAA